AUGGGUAAGCGCCGGCGAACGGAGAUCGCCAAGAUCGCCGACCCGGCCGCGCGGCUCGUGACUUACUCGAAGAGGCGCAAGGGCCUCUUCAAGAAGGCCUCCGAGCUCUGCCGCCUCUGCGGCGCUCGCGCCGCCGUAAUCGUCUUCUCCCCCGCCGCCAAGCCCUGUUCUUUCUUCAGCGACCCCUCCGUGGAAGAUGACGUAAUUGCCGACCACGUUGACGCGGUGCCGCCGAUGGGUUUGGCCGAGUGGGCGGAGUGGAUUGAGAAGGAGUGGGAUUCUUGCGCGACGGAGGAGGACGUGGAGUCCCUGAUCGCGAAGUACGACGCUGUUCGUGAUCUUGUGUGCAAGAAGUUGGAAGGUCUGGAGAAGGGUUCGUCCGUCGUGAUCGGCUCUGGUGGCGAUUCUGGAGACGGGUUUGGUUGUGAUUCUGAAAAUUUGGGCGACGGCGACGGCGACCAUUUAUUGACUUCGCCGGAGAAGUCGGCCGCCGGCGGUGGAGGAUUGGGAGUGGACUCCACCCCCACCUGCUCCCAUCUUGAGGGGCGUGGAUGUAAUCCGGACAACUUCCUUAGUGUGUCCGGGGACUGCGUCGGCGACGGCCACCAUGACAGUUUCUCGACUAUACCGGAGACCUCGGCCACGGGGGGUGGAAGCUCGGGAGAGGAGCCGAUGCCAUGCGACCUUGAGGGGUGUGGAUUUAAUCCUGAUGAUUCUUAG